AUGAGCGUGAAAAAUAUUUGGUCGGUCGGUGUUUUCGUACUGGUAGUUUUCGUGAUAAUCGGAACGUCCAUCUUGCACGAGAAGAAAACCGUGAGACGGGAUUAUCAGGUAGCCGUCGAACCGUACGACGUAAUUAAGAUGAAGGGAUUGAAAUUAAGAAAAAUUGAAACUACCGAUGGGAAGGAUUCUCGAAUCGACGAUUUCGAAAUUAAGGCAGCGCCAAGUUUCAGGAUACCUCCCCAUCGAAUGUGGCACGUGGUUGGGAUACAUUCUCCUCGUGAUAGGGAAUAUCGUUCGAUCGUGGAACGUGAAACGGAUAAAGGGAUCGAUGGAGGAGGUUUAUCGUACAGGGGCGCAGCGGAAAGAAACACGACGGAAGUAUCGAACGAGUUGAAAGACACGAAGAAAAGCUACAAGAAAUUGAAACUGAUCCGAACUCGGGCUGAUUACAAGAAGGAGUGGAAGAACAAAGAACAACAGUCGACCUACUCGAACGGUGAUAAAUCCAUAGGCGUGACGAAGAAAACAAUCGGCCGGCGUCAAGCCAAUUAUUAUUUCGCGAAUACGGACGAGGAGCGAAUAAACAGGUCGAGGCGUUGCGCGAUGCACGCCAAGAAUUUGAAAGAUGACAAGUCCGAUUAUUACUCGAUGAGGAAAGCGGUUAUGGACAAAUUUUACGCUCGACAGAAAGAGAUAGCGAAGAAGUACGCGAAAAGGGUAACCGCUGCACCCACCAUUACCACCACUCCCAAGUACAUAUCCUAUAAUUUACAAGAAAAAUUUAAUAAAAGUAGUACAACUAAAAUUGAAACGAAUGAUAUUCAAAAUGUAUCCGCUAAGAUUCCAACGAAUAACGUUCAGAAAAUUAAUAAGACGCUCGACAAGGGUAGACGAAAUUUCGUCGAUGACAAUGCCAUUUUAAUUCUUCCUACGACAAAAAGUAAUAGAACAAAAGUAAUAGAAACGUCAACGAUAUCUAAUGAUACGGAUCAAGUCACAAGUGACACGUCAAACGUAUAUUACGUAAAUCAUUUGAACGGCGAAGUUGACAACGAAAGUAACGAAAGUAACAAAAGUGACAAGAAAGAGAACGACAAUGUUCUGAAAUGGGGUACUUGCUCGGGUAAUUUAAUAUAUCAGCACAAUUUAAUCAUCAAUAUGCAAAAUUCGAUACAGAGUAAUAUGGAUUUAACAACGACGGUGGAGGGUUCAGUGUGCGUCACUUGCAUAAGAAUCAUACCAGUGAAGAACAGAAAUAUCACGCUGAAUAUCGAUGUAACUCGUAACAAGGAUGGCGGUAUAAACUCCUUAAUAUUUAUCGCUGAGGGGUUGACGAAUAUGGAAUUUUUAUACGUGAUAAAGAUCUGGGCCGUGAGAAAGAUAAACGAUCGCUGCGAUCAUGUCGAAACAUAAAUCUAUAUAUAUAUUUUCUGUAAUGUUUCCUGUAACUUUUUUUUUCAAUACAAUUGCCUUUCUAUAAUAGGCAAAUUAAAUUUGCGACUCUCUCUUUCUCUUCUCGUAUAAAAAAAUAUAUAUUUUUAAUAAAGCGAAUAUAAUAUUUUAUUUCUAGGGAUGUGUAUGUCACACGAGUAAAAAAAACCGAUAAAAUAAAUCUGCCAUAGCGAAUAUAAAAUAUAUAUAUAUAUAUAUAAAAUAUUAGAUAUUAAGAGCAUAAGUUAGUUGAAAUAAAAUGUCAUUCAUAAAUAA